UGCCUGCAGAGAUAAAUACAUACAUGCCCUGCAGCCAUCAGAAAUAUACUAAACCUCGCUCGCAACCAUUCACCAUGCCUGCUCGUCCAGCGCACUACUACAUUCUACGGCUCGGGCUUCUCCUCGUCUCCGGCUCCCUGCUGCUGCACACCCCUACACCGUGCAUCGCUGCCGCGAACGACACUCUCGCGGCAGACCAGGCGCUCGCCGUCGGCGACAGGCUCGUCUCGAGGAACGGCAAGUUCGCGCUCGGCUUCUUCUCGUCCGGCAACAUCAGUGAGUCUGAGUCCUCCUCAUCAGACAACAACAGCACAACCACCACCACCCUUGUCACCAACUGGUACCUAGGCAUAUGGUUCAACAAGAUCCCAGUUUUCACCCCGGUGUGGAUUGCCAACCGGGACGAGCCCUUCACUGACCCUGACAACAACCUCAAGCUGAAAAUUAGGCUGGAGAUCGCUAGAGACGGCAACCUUGUUGUCCUAGACAUGGGUGCGGCUAAUAAAACCCUAGUUUGGUCGAGUGAGAUCACCAACGCAUCCAAGAACAGCGACAACACCGUUGCUGUGCUCACCCGCACUGGGAACCUUGUCAUACAGCAUGCCACGGACCCGUCUCAGGUCUGGUGGCAGAGCUUUGACUACCCAACAGACGUCUUCCUCCCUGGUUCCAAGCUUGGUAGGAACAAGAUCACUGGUCUGAACCGUGUGUUCGUCUCGAAGAAGAACCGGAUCGACCCGUCCCGUGGCUCGUACUGUGUCGGGGUAGACGCAAGGUUUAACCAGGGGAUUAUCCUCUACCACUGCUCCUCAUCUGUAGUUUUCUGGGCAUCCGGGACGUUCUCCCUGCCGAAUGUGGAUCCCAGCGACAGUGGCUUCAUCAGCUACAACCAGACCGACAACAGUCAGGAACAGUACUACAUCUAUACCAUACCCAAUGACACACUCUCUGUGUACACUGCGGUAGAGACUUCUGGCCAGAUAAAGGGGCGUGUUUGGGUGGAGAACAACCAGUCCUGGGCCUGGCAGGAGUUUUACACCCAGCCCAUGAAUCCUUGCAGUGUUCAGGCUGCCUGCGGGCCUUUCACGGUCUGCACCAGCAACGACAAUGCGAAUAUGUCAUGUGACUGUAUGAAGGGCUUCUCUGUCGAGUCACCCGGGGAGUGGGAUCUUGGUGAUAGAGCGGGAGGGUGCAGGAGAAACAAUCCACUAGAUUGCUCAACAGACAAGUUCUUGCCCAUACCUGAUGUUGCACUGGCCUAUAACCCUGUGCCCAUGAAGGUGACUGAUGCUGAUGACUGCUGGCAAGUUUGUGCCAGUGACUGCUCUUGCACUGCUUAUUCCUACACUAGCAGUGGAUGCUCUGUCUGGAAUGGAGGAUUGCUCAAUACUGCAGCGGCGAGUACAGCUGGUGACAUUCUCUACCUUCGCGUUUCCGCCAAGGAUUUGCAAGCUUUGAGAGAUAACAAAAAGGGGUUAUAUGUUGGAGUUGCUAUUGCUGCAAGCGUUGCUGGGUCUGGGACAAUUGUGCUCCUACUAUUGUUCAUUGUCUGGAGGAGAAACAGGGACUACGGUCUUCAAUCAAGCACCACCCAGGAUGCUGCUGGGAUUAGAACAUUCAGAUACAGUUAUUUGCGUCAUGCUACAGAAAAUUUCUCUGAGAGGCUAGGAGGAGGUGGAUUUGGAUCAGUAUACAAAGGGCUUCUAAGUGACUCCAUUACCAUAGCAGUGAAAAGAUUAGAUGGUGCUCGUCAGGGAGAGAAGCAGUUCAGGGCUGAGGUUAGUUCCAUAGGUUUGAUCCAGCAUAUCAACCUAGUAAAAUUAAUUGGUUUCUGUUGUGAAAGCGACAAGAGGUUACUAGUGUAUGAGCACAUGUUAAAUGGUUCUCUUGAGGCUCAUCUCUUUAACAAUAGCAGUGAUGGCAUCGUCCUAGAUUGGAGCACACGGUGCCAAAUUGCCACAGGAGUUGCUAGAGGACUGUCCUACUUGCAUGAGGGUUGCCGUGAGUGCAUCAUACAUUGUGACAUCAAGCCAGAAAAUAUACUUCUCGACGCGUCGUUUGUUCCUAAAAUUGCAGAUUUUGGGAUGGCAGCAAUUGUAGGAAGGGAUUUCAGCCGUGUCCUGACUACAUUUAGAGGAACCGUUGGGUACCUCGCCCCGGAGUGGAUCAGUGGAGAAGCUAUUACUCAGAAAGUUGAUGUCUAUAGCUUUGGAAUGGUGCUGUUGGAAAUCGUAUCAGGAAGGAGAAAUUCGCCUGAAGUGUACACUACUAGCAGUUUCCACAUUUCUUAUUUCCCUGUGCAAGCCAUCUGUAUGCUUCAUGCUGGAGAUAUGAGCAGCUUGGUGGAUCCACAACUGCAUGGAGAUUUCAGAUUGGAAGAGGCUAUAAGGGCAUGCAAAGUUGCAUUUUGGUGUAUCCAAGAUAAUGAAUUUGAUCGGCCGACAAUGGGUGAAGUGGUUCGGGCACUUGAGGGUCUACAUGAGCUUGAUAUGCCGCCGAUGCCAAGACAACUUGCAGCUAUAACAAAAAAUGCUAGCUAGCUGUGGUGCAUUAGUUUUUUUCCUAUAUAAUUUGAAUCAAUGAUAGUAUGCAAUUACAUGCAGUUGCAAAAUGUAACACAUAUGGUAAUUGGUACAUGAGUUUUCUCGUUCUCUUUGUUUCUCCUCUUUGUGUAACAAUGGCACACAAUUAUUAUACAAAAGGAUCACACCAUACGAAAAUAUUUGUUCUGG